AUGGCCACUAUCGCCCCGGUGCGCAGUGACUCCCCAGCGAAUCCUGUCCACCGAAUAACCUCUCCUUCAAUUCCCAGCCCAGGUGGCACGCCUUCAUCUUCGGUCCGCCCCUCAGUCGAUCUUCCCACGAACAAUGCUUCCUCUUCUCCCGCUCUACAGCAAAAUGCCACUCUCACAGCUGCCCCAUCGACCGCGCAAAGACGCAACCGUGCAGCUCUCCGAGAUUACUACAAUCUCAAAUCCAAAGGCCCUUCUACCGCAGUCUAUGAGCACCGAGAUAUAAGCCGCACAGCGAGCAUAACAUCCACGGCCUCCGACUCCACGACAGUCACCUCCUCCACCGCCAUCCCGGAGACCGCGACCUCGUCCCUAACUGCACACCUAGACGACCCGACUUUCGACACUGAAACUUUCGUCUCUGAGCUACUGAAGACUGCCAGUCUACGUGACAUUCUGAAAACUGAGAGCGCACUAGUCAGCGAAAUUAGGACACUCGAUGGCGAGAGGAAGGCAUUGGUUUAUGACAAUUACAGUAAGCUGAUCAAGGCGGUGGGUACGAUCGCAGAGAUGCAGAAAGGGAUGCACAAGGACAAAGAGCAGGACGUCAGGUCAAGUGUGCUGGGCAGGCAGAAAGGUGAGCAAACUCCUGGGCUUGACGGAGUGGCAUGGUUGGGAGACAAGUUGGAUGGGUUGUUAAAGGUUGUGAAGGAGCUCAGUCCGGAUGGAGGAGGCGGAGAGAGGGCGACACAGUUGACGGAAGCAAGGCGGAAGAGGACACAAAAGGAGAUCGUCAGGUGGGCUCUAGAUGCACCGGUACGAAUGCAACAAAUGAUUGAUCAGGGACAAAAGGAAGACGCUGAGCGGGAGUAUAGCUCUGUUACGGAAGUCCUGGACAAAUGGAACGGCGUCGAUGGUGUCGAAGAGCUGCGACGCAAAUGUACGAAAGUCAUGCAGAGUGCAAAGGAGGAUUUGAAAGCAGGCGAGCAAGGCGACUCGGGUUGA